AUGCUGGACUCCAUAUCCUCCCUCCCGGACGCUUUCCAGCCCUUCUUCAGCUGGCUCUCUACCCUUACCCUCGGCCAGAUCUGGCUCGCCAUCUACAACCCGCCUAACCGCGUCACCCUCACCAUCGUACUCAUCGCCAUCUCCUUCAAAGCUCCCAUAUGGAUCAAAAAGUGGUCAGAGUCGAGAGCAGAGAAAAAGGCGGUUCGCUUUCUGUAUAUCGAGCCCAAGGAAGGCGACAGGAAAUGGGAGGGCAAAGUCAUCAACAAGCCGAGCCUUUCAUCUCAUCUCCAAGACUCAGACCUGCUACCUCCAGAGACGGGUCAUUCGGGUGUCAAGCGAGACCACAUCACUUGCUACGAUCCUUCCACCGGCUACCACCUCACAACCCUACCCCUCCUGAGCGCUGAAGAGGUCGCGCAACAAAUCUCUUCCGCCCACAAGGCCUCCCCUGCUCUGCGGGCGACGCCGUUCUCCACCCGCCGACGUUUCCUCCGUGGCAUCCGCGACUGGGUCCUCCGGGAUAUGGAUGUCAUCGUCCGCGUAGCUUGUCGGGACACUGGCAAGACUGAUGUCGACGCCGUAUUCGGUGAAAUCCUUACAACCUUGAGCAAGAUCGACUGGUUGGUGACUUACGGAGAGAAGACUCUGAGCCCCCAAAAGAGGGCUGGAAACUUGCUUCUGGCGCACAAAGUGUCGAAAGUGCACUACCAGCCUCUUGGUACGGUACUCGCGCUUGUAUCGUGGAACUAUUCUUUCCACAAUUUGCUCUCCCCCAUCCUUGCUGCCAUCUUCUCAGGCAACACUAUCGUCGUCAAAUGUUCCGAGCAGGUGGCUUGGAGUUCAAUGUGGUAUAUUGGUGGUGUCAAAGCUUGUCUGAGAGCUUGCGGAUUGGAUGAAGAUAUGGUACAGCUAGUCAUCUGUCUCCCAGAUGUCGCAGAGACAGUCACUCGAAACCCUUUGAUCAAGCAUAUCACUUUUAUCGGCAGUGAGCCCGUUGGCAAGAAAGUCGCUCAAGCCGCCGCCGAGAUCAUGGUCCCCACUUGCAUCGAACUCGGCGGUAAAGAUCCCGCUCUCAUUCUCCCCGGUACAGACCUUGAUUUUUUCGCUAGCACCUGGAUGCGUGGCGCCUUCCAAUCCUCGGGCCAAAACUGUAUCGGUAUCGAACUCUUCUUCGUCCACCGUUCGCAAUACCCCAAAUUCCUCGACAUUCUCACCCCCCGCGUUCGCGCGCUCCGACCAGGUAAAGACGUCGGCUCCCUCAUCUCCCACGUCCCCAUCCCCAAACUCGAAUCUCUCCUCUCCUCUGCCACAUCUUCCGGCGCUCGCGUCCUCGCUGGCGGCAAGCAGUUCAUCCACCCCGAUCAUCCCGAGGGAGCCUACUUUGAGCCGACGUUGGUGGUGGAUGUCAAGAUGAAUAUGGAAAUCGCAAAGGAAGAGCUUUUCGCCCCGGUGAUGACUGUGGUACCCUACGACGACGUCGACGAGGCUGUUUCGUGGCUUAGCAACUCGCGUUUCGGACUCGGUGGUGGUGUUUAUGGCAAAGACCGUGCCCAAUGCCGUUCCGUUGCCGAGCGCCUCGAGUGCGGUAUGGUAGCCAUCAACGACUUUGGCGUAUUCUACCUGAAUCAAGCUAUGCCUUUUGGCGGGGUCAAGGCUUCUGGCCAUGGACGCUUCGGCGGAGAAGAAGGUCUGAGGGGAUUGUGCUCUGUCAAGUCGAUUACGGAGGACCGAUGGUUUAGCUGGAUUCGAACGACGAUACCGGGGCCGGUGGAUUUUCCGUUACCGGAGAAUGGCAGGCCUUGGGCGUUUUUGACAGGGUUGGUGCAGAUGGCGUAUGGCGUUGAGUUGUGGACGAGGGCAAAGGGGUUGGCGGGAUUGAUUGGUGCGGCUUUGUGA